AUGGCAGCUUCUGCCUGCGAAAGUCUACAGCGAUUGGAAAACGCUGGGCAAGUCAGCGCUUGUGCGGAGGAUAUUUUGAAGGCAAACAUCAGCCAAAUCCAAGACAAGUCACUGCGGGACACCCUGGAUGUGCUGCAGGACUUUUCACAAUUGGGUUUGCAAGCCCUGCAAGAGUCGACGCGUACGGGAUGUGAGGUGCUUUAUGCCCUCGCAGUUGAUUGGGUCUCGACUUCACUCUAUGAGAUCUGGACAUGCAGUCGGCCAGAGACCUCUAAGGAGCUCUGCGCGACCGUGGGCGAGGCAUCACGGCAAACACAGCAGACCAGCUGGCAGGCCGUGAAGAUGCAGCACAGCGCGAAUACUGCCGUCAUGGCAACAGUGCAAGCGCUGGAGGAGGGGUUAGCCGCCGAGUUGACCGGGCCCCAUAGCCAGAGCAGACUGCCCUCAUCAUGGAGAGGGGCGCGCUUCACAACCAAGCAGACGUACUACUGGUCGACAGUCAUUAUUUGGCGCGAGACGCAGUGGCAGUGGCUCUCCGACUCGGUUGCAGCGGGCAGAGUUGUGCACACUGCCUGGGGGCAGCCAGAUGAGUGGCUGCGCUUUGGUACGACUGACUGCAACACAGAGUCGCCUCUUGUGAUACCUGGGCCCGAGUAUGUUCUCACGCAAGAGACGCGGUUCACUGGCAUGCGAUUUGCUGUGUUGGUAGCCCUUCUACAGGAGUUGCGCCUUCGCAGAGGAGGAGGGAGCCUCAUCAUCGUUGAAGUUGGGGUCUUUUUGGGGCAGCUGUCGAAGUUCAUUCUUGAUCACUGCGAUUUCGUGCAGCUCAUUGGCGUUGAUCCGUAUUUGGGUGCCGAUGGCACCUUUCCUGGCAACUUCGAUUCGGAACUACAUCCGGAGGUAGCUUUCCAUCAUGCUUCCAAGUUGUAUGCUUCUUUCGGCGACAGGGCGCUGCUUCUACGAGCAACGUCUCUCGAAGCUGCGCAGUCCCUGCCUGACAACAGCAUCGAUGCGGUCUUCAUCGAUGGCUGCCACUACUACAAUUGCGUGAAAUCCGAUUUCGCUGCUUGGAUGCCGAAGCUGCGUGCUACAGCUGAGACUUUGGUGGCAGGCCAUGACUUCUCGCCCCAAUGGCCUGGUGUUGUGCGUGCAGUGCAGGAGCAGAGACAAAACCACAAGAUCGUGACACUAUCCACUGAUUGGUUGUUCUGGUGGUUUGAUCGGCCGCAAGAAACUACAGGAACACAUGAAGGGCAGAGCGCGGGUUGA